CACCCCUUUCCCCCUUCCUCCCCGCCGGUGGUGACCGUACACCGACCGGAUCACAGACUCUUGUUGUCAGUCACUUUCCCGGCGAACAGACGGCAGCAGCAACAGCAGCAGGCGGAGCGGAGACGGCAAUCCCCCCACACGCACACAUCUACCCCACCCCUUUCAAAAAAAAACAACAAAAAAAAACGGAGGCAGGAGGGGAACAAAACCUUGCGGGACACCUGUGCUGCUGGAUUCCCUCUUUUGGGGCUUUCAUGAACAUUAUUAGAAACCUAAAUUCACACCCAGUUUUUGGGUUAUGUGGACGAGGAGCGGAGAUCAGUAAAACUGGGAUGUAGAUGCAGAAAAAAGCGGCCAAAUCUGCUUCGAUUGGACUGUGGCGAAGCCGUCGGCGGCACCACCAGUAGCACCAGCACCAGUAUUGGUCGGUCGGCGGAUGGAGAUGCGUUGUGAAGGCGGAGGGAUGAUGAUGAUGAUGAUGAUAUAGCAGGUUGCUGCAGGGUCGUGCCGCAUUGCCUGGCCGCCGCGAGCGACGCCGGGGAGUCGGUGAUGCUGUCGUCGUCAUUGUGCCACAGAAAGAGAGAGAAAGAGAGGAGAGGCUCUGACAUGGAGGGAAGCGGCUGUCUGUCGACUCCGAGCUCAGGCCGCCCGGAUCAGCAGGUUGGAUGUACCGCCUGAAGGCUGGAGGACCUGAUUCAUGAUAUACAUGGUGGGAAAUUGUGAUAAAGUUGAAUUCUUUGUGGUGGAACUGAUUUUUUUCUGUGCGCAAAAAGUGAAUGGCCCAUAUGUUGAUUAUGCAUCACAGGAGCAUCAUAGCAGCUGCGUGUGUGCCAGUUCAGGGUGGAUUACGUCUACAGAGCAGCAGGCCUCCAUCUGAAGUCAGCUACUGAUCAGGAAAGCGUGAAGAAAACACUUCAGUAUACUUUCUUACCCUGUUGCUGCUCCGGGGGUAACCAUUUGUACUGGUGUUUCAUUGGAAGCUGGUGUGGUGUGAUCCCCCGUGGAGGGACAGCUGUUGCAAAAGAUGACUCACUUACAGGCUGGUUUGUCUCCAGAGACCCUGGAGAAGGCCAAGGUAGAGCUGAAAGAAAACCCUGAGACUUUACACCAGGACAUCCAGGAGGUCAGGGACAUGAUCAUCACCAGACCGGACAUCGGGUUCCUCAGGACAGACGAUGCGUUUAUCCUCAGAUUCCUCCGAGCCAGGAAAUUCAAUCACUUUGAGGCGUUCCGGCUGCUGGCACAGUAUUUUGAGUACAGACAGCAAAACCUAGACAUGUUCAAGAACUUGAAAGCAACUGACCCGGGCAUUAAGCAGGCCCUGAAGGAUGGUUUCCCUGGCGUGCUCUCCAAUCUGGACAGAUAUGGCAGGAAAAUAUUGGUCCUGUUCGCUGCCAACUGGGACCAGAGCAGAUACACGUUUGUGGACAUACUGAGGGCUAUCUUGCUGUCACUGGAAUCUAUGAUAGAAGAUCCCGAGCUGCAGGUCAACGGCUUCAUCCUCAUCAUUGACUGGAGUAACUUCACCUUCAAGCAGGCAUCCAAACUGACUCCCAGCAUGCUGCGACUGGCGAUUGAGGGACUACAGGACAGUUUUCCUGCCAGAUUUGGAGGGAUCCACUUUGUGAACCAGCCCUGGUACAUUCACGCUCUCUACACCGUCAUCCGACCCUUUCUUAAAGACAAGACAAGGAAGAGGAUUUUCAUGCAUGGUAACAACCUAAACAGCCUCCAUCAGCUCAUCCACCCAGAGAUCUUGCCAUCAGAGCUUGGUGGGAUGAUGCCACCCUACGAUAUGGGGACAUGGGCUCGAACACUGCUGGACCACGCAUAUGAUGAGGAGACUGACUACUGUCCAGAGUCCUACACCCUAUCAGUACAAGACCUGGAGAGAGACCUGGAGAAAAACCUUUCCCCAAAGACCAUGAAGAGGUCUCAGUCGGUGGUGGAACCGGGAGUCCUGAAGCGACCAGACAAAGUCAAGAGCGAAGAAGACAACAUGCAGCCGCUGCUUUCGCUGGACUAAACCGUGCAGUCACAGCUCAAAAGCAUACUCAAAUCAAUAUUUACACACACAAAUACACUGACUUACUGUGCACAAGCAACACGCGCCCUGAAAAACACCUUCCUCCAGGAAAUGCUGCUGCUGCUACUGUUGGAUUCACCUUUUUCUCCAAAUCAUGGAAAAGCAAGCAGCAAGAGAUGAGAAGGACGUUUCCUCAGACUUAAGGGCAUCCUAAGAGCUACUGAUGGUGUUCUAUAUAUUUAUUUAUUUAGUUAUUUGUCAAGUGCCAAUUCCAGAAACUGUAAAUUAACGUCUUUAAACAAUCCAGUAUGGAGCAGGGAAGAGACGCUCAAGAGAGUGAGUUGUGAAAGUAUAGAGUGUUUACUGCACUUGUACAGGAUACAGAUGAUAAAGAAUGUGGAAAACUGAUCAUGAAACUUCAAAGAGGGCUUGGGGCCAGAGCUCUUGAGCUACAGUUUUUCCUUUUUUUGUACAGUAAUUUGAGGAAAAAUGCCCCAUAUGGGCAAGAAGCACGGCUCAGGAUCUGCAGCAGUGAUGGCGAUCAGCUUGUUUAACCUCCUGGACCCAAACUGGCAUACAGGCAGUGGGUUUACUGGGAGCUUAUUGGGUGUUUACUGGGGGUUUGGCAUCUUUCCUUUGAAAACAAUGGCCGAACUCUUGGUUCUCACUCCAGUUAUCUCUUGGAAAAGCAAACCCCCCUUUACGGUAAGAGUUGGCUCUAUGUAUCAUUUGGUUUUUUUUGUUGUUUUUCCUUUUAGUCAUUCUCUCGCUUGUUUCUGACCCAUAUGUCACAGAGCACAGCGCUGUCUUCUGCCAUUAGGGAUAACACAAAGUUGCUGUCUCUUAUUUUUAACAUAGACUCACAUAAUUACAUAUUUGUUUGGGAGACCAAAGAUGUAUUUUCUGAAUUUCGAUUGGACAAAUAAAUGAGGCAAAACUUUGUAGAAGCAAGGAAAGGCCAAGUGUAUUAUCUUCUCCUGUGACGUUGUGACACAUUUGUUGGAUGUAAUGGCAUUAACGAGCUUCUGAAAACAUAUUCCCAUCAUUUUAACACGGUAUGCGUAUUAGAUAUUUAGAGAUUAAAGCAUCACAUUGGUAUGUUGUUGACCGAUUAUUUCCACCUGUAUAAAACAAAAGCAGACUUUUUCCUUUUUUAAAUGAUCCCAGGCUGCCAUUCACAGUUUUUAAAUCCAUUUGAACUUAUUAUUAGUAUUUUAUAAGGCAUUUAAAAACCAGCUAUUUGUCGUUUGACACUAUAUAAUUACCAGAUUAAUCUGAAGAAUUAAAAUGCCCACAUCACUGUUUGAUGAGAAAAUUAUUCCAUUACCACUGUCAGGAAGUGCAAAUUUUAUCCUUUUUGUCUUAAGUGUUAAGUGUUUGGUUUGCAGCAUCUUUAAGGAUACCCUCUGAAGCAUGAGAGUGCUGUUAGAACAUCCUGACAGCACCUGAAUGCACCGAGACAUUUUCAAUGAGGUAAUUGGUUAACUUCAAUAAUUUAACAAUUCAGCUGAUAAUGACACACAGUCAUUAAUAAUUUAUUAAAUCCUGGAUUAGAGUUCAUUGUAUUGUUAGAAUGGCUGCAGUUAUUUUCUGUACAGGGCAGUUAAAAGGCUUGUAUUAAGUCCUAUUUCAGGCUAUCUGUCACUGAAGUGGUAACAGAGACUGCACUUGACAUUUUAAAAGGAUAUUAAGGCAAGUAAAUUGUUAAUGACUAAAGUCAAAACCAUCCCUAUAAACAGAUAUCUGUAUAAUAAUAUGCAUGAAACCAUCCCUUGUUUCCAACGGAUAAUCACAUUUGAGUUUGUAUGCAGCCAGGUAAAAAGUCAGUCAAGCAAUCAACUGUAGUCUGAUGAUAAUGUCUCUAUUAUUAGAUGUCUUAUUUCAAAGAUUCAGUUCAGCAGUCUAGCUCAUAGGUUCACCAACUGUAGUCAAAGUAAUACCAGCUGUCUGCUGCAUUUGAACCCUUUAACAUCCUGAAGCUCUGUCCAGCAAAAAAAUACCAAAUUCCCCCAUGUGAUGUUCUGCUUGUUUUACUUUUGCCUCUUUCACUUUGUUUAUUCCAUCUUUUGUGUUUUUUAGAUGGAGAAGGCUAACUAUAGAUACGAGGAAAUAACGAUAACAUAGUGCACUCAAAAUUAUGAUUUUUGAAGUGAUCCUCCUAAAAAGAAUCAGUUUAAACGCUGAUGAUGUCAUUAUUAUAUGUGUGGCACAGUCAGCUUUUACUCGAGUUGAGAGAAAAGUGUAACUUUCAAGUGCAACAUUUUAUACUAAAUUAUAAGAUUAAUUACUUUAGCAGUCAGAAAAUCGGGAACUGUCCUUUAGAAAAUAGUAUUUAAACUGACACAGUUUGUUAAGUUAUGUGGAAUUUCUCCAUGCAUGUAGCCCUGAAGCAGUUUGACAUACUUUAGUUUAGGUUCUUCCACAUCAACUAUUCACCACGGGCACACGAAGUGCAAAGGUGUGACAACCAAAAUGUUAAGAAGGUGGAGAGCACAGCGGGAAGGAAAUACGUGCCUCUGAUGGGCAGAGCAGCAGAGUGAGGCUGGCAAACAGACAGCCGAGCAGAUCACAGAAUAAAGGCCGGCAGGCAGGGGAGCAUGAGGUGGCCCGCUGCAACGAGAGCAGACAGCUGGAAUGUUAAACUAUCACACCAGCGCACACGACAUGUCAGCCCCGCUUACCGCAGCUCAGAGGCUCUACAGGCUGUAUCCUGUGCAAAGUCGAGUCAGACUUGUUCUUAAUGGUUUCUCCUUCGGCUCAGUGUGAUCCGUGUGCUUCCACUGAGGUUUAACAUCAAACACAGAGAGAUAAUAAUCUGGCAGUGUGAUGGCGAUACUGUGUUUUUACUGAAUAUGUGAUCAGCCUGAUCCUCUAAGAGCAGACAGUAGCUACAGAAACAGUUUGAAUAGGCUGUCAUGACACAUAUUAUUGUAUGAUUAAGUCCAUUGUAGGGUCUGAUUCAAUUUUUAUUAUAAAUUCAACCUUUGCUGCAUCUACUGCUCAAACUUUGUGUUCAAGGAGUAAAUUAUUUAUUUUCAGAAAGAGGCACAUAAUAUAGAGUUCAGACCAAACCUAGAUUUCCACAAGGUGUACAGGUGUAUGAUAUAUCUGUACAAGAAUUUUGCCAUUUGUACAAUUACUCAUUAUGACAAAAUCCAUAAAAUAUACAAUUGGUUCAAUAUUUUUUUCAUGCAACUAAAAUGCUGUGGAGCUUAUUUGGAACCAACCCGAUUAGUCAUCAUAUGCUAUGCGUUCAUUAUUUUAUUAUAUAACUGACCUUGGAUCUGUUAUUAAUAAUCCACUCAUACUGCUGCCAAUACAUAGUCAUCCUAGUACGUCAAACGUUGUCUUUUUGUCUGUGCUGUUGCACAAAUACCUAAAAGCUGCCCUCUGACGUUGGUAGCUUGACACAUCGGCUGUGGCAGAAUGAGACAUGAACAGACAGUGGUCCUGUUUUUGCAGAGCAGCAGACAGACAGUGGUGGAGUGACUCACCCAGGAGACCGCUGUCCACAUUUUAUUUUGCUUCGUUUACGUUAAUAGGCUGGUUAGGUUUAGGCAUCUCAAACUCCUUUUUUAGUCCAGUUGGCUAAGACGAUAUCUUGAUUUGUUUUUAAAUAUGCCAUUUGCAACAGUAAGCCUGGACAUGUAGGUCAUCCAUAUAAAUCUGAUGAAAAGACGUAUUUUAGAAGCACCCAUACAUAACCACUUGGGUGUGACAGACCUGUCUCAGUAGCUGUUGUAUUAUGGCACAGGUGGCAACGAACACCGUGUGCAUAACUGUGAGACUUCAGCUGCUUUCUCAAAAUGGCAAUAUUUGAUGCCCAAGGAAGUAGAAAGGAGUAUCUCUCCUGACAUCCCAUAAAACCAACAUCAGUAUUUCCUCUUUUGUAGAUGGAGACAACUUAAAUGAGUAUAUUUUGUUGUGUGAUGUAAUUGUCUUAGUUUGUCACCAAGUAAAACUACUAAGAAAACCACAAUCAGUACAAGGCUUUUAGAAAACUGGCUGAUGUAAUUGUUUUAGCAUCAGUAUUUGGUUUGAUUAUAAUGCUGAUAUUUGUAGACAGAAAACAAGAUCUUUGAUUUCCUUUAAUAAUCCGCUUGUAGUUCUAUUGACCAAUCAUGUUGAAGGAUGUUAAAGGCUUGUGCUGGACAGUGGAGAACAAACACAUACUUUUAACUACAAGCUCUAAACCAUAGGCAAUUAUUUGACAUUAAUUCAGGUUGUUACUUGCUUUUUAAAAAUUCAUAUUUAACUGUGUUUUAAAAGAAGCACAGGGAACAGUCAGAUAUUGACCAGUGUCCCCAAAAUCGAUAGAUUCCCAGAUUGAUUCUGAUGUCGCUGACAGCGGUAGUGCUUUUGCAGCCACAGUUCUUAGUUCAAAUGCCCCUGUGUUCUCUUUCCUGAGAAACAAACAUUGUUGUCAAUAUAUUUCUCCCAUUUUAAAUAUGAUUAUGGAAUAAAUACAGCAAAAGACAAAGGUCAUCCUCAUUUAUUUCUCAUGUACUGCAAAAUUUGAAGGUUGACAUACCUGCUAAUUUGUCUUUUUAAGCUAUAACUGACCAAUCACUGUUCAGGGGAUGGAUUAAUGAGAAGAUCAGUUCUCUGUAAAACCCAGUUUAGUCAGCUACAACUAAGUUUUUCUGCAACUGCUGCUUGCUGGGUUUUUGUUUCUGAGAGUCAAUACAAGUCAAGUUCAAUCUAGACAUUUUUAUUAACAACAGCUAAAAAACAUUUUUUAAAAUGAUCAUAAUCAUCUCUUCAACAUUGAACUCUAUUAAAAGGAAACUGCUUUUGAUACACUGCAAUCAUUGCAUCAUUAAAAGUCAUUUUAAGGGAAGAAACAUAAUAUGUGUUAUUUGAACUCCUUUUUUGAAGGCAGCACUCUUUCUUUACAGGAUUUUAGUGCCAAAGGUCCCUGUGACUUCUCGGUGCUUAUGACUGUGACAAAAAGGGUAAUAGGGAAGAAAAUUAUAGAAGAUUGCACUGGCAUCAUUAUCUGAACCUGCACACCGUCGUAUUUCCUACAGAAAACUCCAGAUAUGCUAUCAGCCUUAAUCACAAAAUGGCGCUGAAGCAGUAAAGAGGCAGCGCAGAAUCAGACAUGUGAGAUGAAAAGGAUUAGGUAAGCGCUGCAUACCACAACUUCUGACUGACAGCCAUGCUUCUGUGAUUACUUUAUCCAAAUUCACCUGCAGAAUAAUUGCAAAUACAAAUUUAAAAGUACAUUUCAUUCAUGUGAGAUUUAUUUGCAGUCAACCCAGGUUAAGCCUAAAUGUUUUGCAGCAAUCUUUGAAAACAUCAAAGCAUCAAAGAUUGGAGGAAAAUGUGAUCCACUUAAAUAUCAUGCUUUGUGUUACAGACCACAAGUCACAGGGGAGGGUUACCACAUACCUGCUUGGCUGUUUAAUCAUCCUUUUAAUUCACAUUUUAAGACAGCAACUUCAUUCAUCAGUGACAUCUGAUGAGUCGUUCAGACGCUGGUUAAUAAUUAGGAUUAAUACAUAAGGCAUGGUCCAUGUACCAUGUAUGCAGAUAAUAAUAAUUCUGACAGCGGAAGGCCUCACUGUACUUUGUUGUUGCAUGUUGAUUUGUACAAACACCCACUUUCACACAAUUAAUUACUUGCAGUGUAAUUACAUCAACUCCUGCUGUUUUUCAUCUUUAACAGGAAUAUAAUGGUUUGUAAGUGCAAGUGUAGCUAAACAAACUAAACAGUAAGUCAGAGGAUGGGGUUAAUAUUCAACUAAAUACUGCCAAGUCUCCGAGACUAAAAUGGUUAUCCUGCAAGAAACAAAUCACAAAACUAUGGAUGGUGCGCCAUUAGUAAUUCAUUUACUGGCUUAUUUUAGUCUUUCUCACAAAUUUACAGCUUUAACCUGGUUUACUUCCCUGCCUGGGUUCAUUCUUCAGUAUAGAGUUCAGCACAUUUCAUCACAGCUGCAUUUUACAAAUGUGUCCUUUUCUGAUGUUUGUUGUCAGUGCUGGAAUUAGUUCAUUACUAAUGAGGUAAAAGUCUAGAUUUGUUAUCAGUAUCAGUGCAGAUGUCAAAAAACAAACCUGAACUGUAUUUUCAGACCAUUCAAACUUAGAGUAUAAAUGGUCACAGUAGUUACUUGAGUAGACCAACUUCUGGCAGUCAUGAGGAUUUUUCCAAGAGCACUUUGCAAGUUUAAAAUUAUCAGUCACACUCCAAACAACAAAGUCUAAUCACCUUUUGUUCACACUACAAUAGAAAGCUGUUGUCAUCAUGUGUUUUGGUUGCUGGUUUUGUUCGCUAGAUGUUGUGGAUAUAUUUUUCACAAAACUCAUGCAGUAGAACAGAGCCAAUACAGUCUGAAUAAGAGAUUCAGGAGAAAAUGUAAAGAUUA